AUGGGAGAUGGGACUCGGAAAUGGUCAAUGUCAUCAUGUAUUGUCUUGGAGAGAUGGGUUGCCGACUCCCCAUCAUCAUCAUCUUCUUCUUCAAAGCCAGUCACUGAUCAACACACUCUUCUAACCCAAGAUGAGCUCACUGAGAUCAACCUCCUCCUCCCUCGUCUCUGUCUCUCGAACCAACUCAACACUGCGACCCACCUCGCCAUCACCGCCCUCCUUACAAAUCCACCUCUCGAUGCCAUCUCUCUUUCUGCCCUCCUCGACUCCCUUGCCUCCCAAUCGGACAUCGCCAUGCCCAUGUCCCUCCUCACCCGCCUUAGACGCAGCCCAAUGUCCCAACACCAUGUGGCGCCCAUCAACAACACGCUUGUCGCUGCCUACUUCAGAAAGGGCAAGCUCAAAGAGGCCAUCAAGGUUUUUAAUUGGAUGGUGAGGUCGGGUUCCCCAUUCAAGCUUGUGGAAAAGUUUUGUGGGAUUUUGGUUGAUGGGUUUUGCAUGAGUGGGAUGGUUCUUAAGGCUUUGAAGGUCUUGAGAGCCAUGGUGGCUGCUGAUAUUUGUCUGCAUGGCGAGUUGAGGAAGGUUGUCUAUAGAGGUUUGCUGAGGGAAGCGAGGAUUAGGGAAAGAUGGGGUUUGAUGGGGCUGAUUAUGGGGGCUAGCGUUUCAAAGAUGAAGAAGAUGAUGAUGAGGAGUUGGCUGGGGUUAGAGAGAGAAGAAGGAGGCGUGAAGAAAGAAAAGAGAAAGAAAAGAAAAAAAAAAAGAAAAAAAAAUGUGAAAAAAAAAUUUAAUUUUUAAUUUUUUAUUUUUAAAUAAAAAUAUUUUUUUUAUUUUUAUUUUUAAAAUAAUUAAUUUUUAUAUUUUAAUUUUAAAUAUUUAUUACGUGGACUAAUUAAAUUGUGCCACGUGUACAUUGUGUACACGUAGACAUUCCAACAUGUCACUUAACACCCAAAAAUGGACGAAAAGGGCUAACUGCUAACAGAAGCUAGGUUUAGGAGGUUUUACCACCAAAAUUUUAGAAUUGGGAGUUAGUUGCAAAAACCUACCUACUUUAGGAAGUUUUGCCGCAAAUAACCCUAAUUAUUAUGUGUUUAGGAAAAAUUAUUUAACCAAAUGUAAGCAUAAAAUAUCAAAUUUUCCAUUUGUAAUAGUUUUUACUUAUAUACUGUUGCCCCUGAAUUCGUCCAAAAUACGUGGACCAGUCGAAAUGGGACACGUGGAUCAGAUAACUUGUAAAUAUUUGAUAAGUCUUUGUACGCCACAAGGAAGCGCCAUGGGCACAGGUCCCGGAGGAGACACCCGGAAUACAAGGUACUCCCGGAAGCUCGCAUAGCAUGAAGCCUCUCCGGGACGUGUCAGGCCUCUCGUGAGUAAUCAAGUCGCAUUUAAUGCCGCAUGGGAGGAAGCGUGUUGGGACUGUAACACGCAAUAAAGUCUGACGGCACAACCCCCAAACAACAGCGCUACAGUAAUAAUCAUUUAAGUCUAGCGACGGCUACUCUGCGAAGAGUCACGUCAAUCACAAGGCAAAAAGGA